AUGUUGACAACCCCGGAUGCCAACUUCUCCUGCUACCACGAGUCUGUGCUGGGCUAUCGUUAUGUGGCUGUUAGCUGGGGGGUAGUGGUGACUGUGACAGGCACGGUGGGAAAUGUGCUCACCCUGCUGGCAUUAGCCAUCCAGCCCAAGCUGCGCACCCGCUUCAACCUGCUCAUCGCCAACCUCACCCUGGCCGACCUGCUGUACUGCACCUUGCUCCAGCCCUUCUCCGUGGACACCUACCUCCACCUGCACUGGCGCACGGGUGCCACCUUCUGCAGGGUGUUCGGACUCCUCCUUUUUGUUUCCAACUCUGUCUCCAUCCUCACUCUCUGCCUCAUUGCCCUGGGACGCUACCUCCUCAUUGCCCACCCUAAGCUCUUUCCUCGAGUGUUCAGUGCAAGGCGGGUAGUGCUGGCCUUGGUGAGCACCUGGGUGGUGGGGGUGACCAGCUUUGCCCCGCUCUGGUCUGUUUAUAUCUUGGUACCCUCCGUCUGCACCUGCAGCUUUCACCGCACUCAAGGCCGGCCAUAUACCACUAUACUCCUGGGUGUCUACUUUGUGCUUGGGCUCAGCAGCGUGGGCAUCUUUUAUGGCCUCAUUCAUAGUCAGGUAAGACGAGCAGCCCGGGCGCUGGACAAGUACAAGCUGAAGCAUGCCAGCAUCCGCUCCAACCACGUGGCUGGGACGGAUGAGGCUUUGCCUGGGCGUUUCCAGGAGCUGGACAGCGGGCUGGCAUCUAGGGGACCUGGGGAAGGAAUUUCAUCUGAACCAGUCAGUGCUGCUACCACCCAGACCCUGGAAGGGGACUCGUCAGAGCCAGGGCACCAGGGCCACAGCGAAGUAGCCAAGCAGAUGGCAGAGAAAAGCCCCCAAGAAACAUCUGCCAGGGCCCAGCCAACUAAAGGAGCCCGAAGAGCUCAGGAUUCUUCAGCAGAGUUUGGGAGAGUGACUCAGAUGUGCUUCGCGGUGUUCCUCUGCUUUGUCCUGAGCUACAUCCCCUUCCUGCUGCUCAACCUCCUGGAUGCUAUGAUCCGGGCCCCCCGGGUAGUCCACAUGCUUGCUGCCAACCUCACCUGGCUCAACAGUUGUAUCAAUCCAGUUCUUUAUGCAGCCAUGAACUACCAGUUCCGCCGAGCAUACGGCUCCAUAUUAAAACGAGGGCCCCAGAGCUUCCGUAGGCUCCGUUAG